CUGUUUCUUGGUGGUUCUCGGAAAGGCUUCAAGAUUUCGUCGAAAAGCAGGCAAGAGGAACGGCCAGCUCUGAGCCGGCUGGUGGCCAGGAAGAGGCUGGUGGCCGCCGGAGCCCUGGGGGUGGUCAUGGUGCUGCUGCUGGUCAUCCUCAUCCCGGUGCUUGUGAACUCAGCCGGGACCUCGGCUCACUACGAGAUGCUGGGCACCUGCCGCAUGGUCUGCGAUCCGUAUGGGACCAAACCCCCGAGCACCGCCACGGCGGAGACGGUGCGGGAGCACAGCCUGCUGCAGUCUCUGCCCACCUUCAUCCAGGGACCGAAGGGGGAACCGGGGCGCCCGGGGAAGGCAGGUCCCAGGGGACCUCCAGGAGAACCGGGACCACCCGGACCAAUUGGACCUCCGGGGGAGAAAGGCGAGCCGGGCAGGCUUGGACUUCCAGGUCCACCUGGGGCUCCCGGGCUGAACGCGGCUGGAGCCAUCAGCGCUGCCACCUACAGCACGGUGCCCAAGAUAGCCUUCUAUGCCGGGCUCAAGCGCCAGCACGAGGGCUACGAGCUGCUCAAGUUCGACGAUGUGGUCACCAACUUGGGCAACCACUACGACCCAACCACCGGCAAGUUCACCUGCUCCAUCCCGGGCAUUUACUUCUUCACCUACCAUGUGCUGAUGAGAGGGGGGGAUGGCACCAGCAUGUGGGCAGAUCUCUGCAAGAACAACCAGGUCCGCGCAAGUGCGAUUGCUCAGGAUGCAGACCAAAAUUAUGACUACGCCAGCAACAGUGUUGUUCUACACUUAGAGCCUGGAGAUGAGGUGUAUAUAAAGUUAGAUGGCGGGAAGGCUCAUGGAGGAAACAACAAUAAAUACAGUACAUUCUCUGGAUUUAUCAUCUACGCUGACUGAGGAUACCUCACCAAAGGAACAGAUAUUUUUUCCCCCCCAACAGCCCUAUUUGAUGGAUUUGAUGGGCUGCACGCUGUGAAUUCAGUGCCCUAAAAAUACUGAUUGUGGGACCCAUGCUAACAGCGGAAAAAAUCCAGUGCUACCUGACAAUUCUAACACCUAAGAAAUGAAUAUAACAAAUAUAUAUAUACAUAAUUAUAUAUGGUGUUCACGUUUCACAGAUGCGUCAUCCCCCAACCAAAGCGAACAGUCUUUGUGCCUGUGUGAAUGAAACCCUUAUUAAAUCCCAAUUUUCUAUAGAAAAACAAAACAAUUCCAGAAGGCCAGACAUUCUCUACAUAUGUGAAUUAAUAUAACCCUGCUGCUUUACUCAUGUGUCUGUUGCCUGCCCUUCAUAACGCUUGGAGUUCUCUAGCACUAUGGUAAGGAAUGAAUAUUUGCAAGGAUAACAAGAAGCACUGUAAAAACAAAAUGGCGGCUCGGUGUCCAGUUCCAGAGCUGGGACUACAAUACUCUCUGUAGCGUUAUCGCAAUCCAGGAUAUGGGGCCCUGAGUGGCAG